AUGUUCAGCAUCACCAGCAUCAAGACAUCUCUACGCCAGCAGGCAGGUCGCGCACAGCGAGCUACGUUUUUCAAAAGUGUCCAAACUCAGGUAGCACCAUCUGCGAUUGAGCGCAAGCACCGCAAGGAGCGCGAGGAAGGAGACAUCAGCUCCGUAUUCUCAUCCUUGUCUGGUGAAGAGGAGAAGACACUCCCUCCUCGAUUUUCUGAGCUCAAGAGAAGUGUCAUUGGGGAUGAAGCAAACCAGCAAAGGCUAGUGGCCUCUUGGGGGAGGUUAACCCAACAUCUCGCCAGAGUCGCUCACGAGAUUGAGAGCGGCCAACAAGACUGCAUCCCCGAGACAACCUACGACGAGUUCAUCAACCACCGCACCCCAGUUCUGGAGCAACGGAUCAAGACAUGUGGAUCCGUCAUCAUUCGCGACGUCGUGGACGAGCAAACUGCUUUGAACUGGUUGGCAGACCUGAAGUCUUACAUUGAUCUCAAUCCGAGCGUAAAGGGGUUCCCAGAGAAUGACAAGCAAGUCUUUGAAUUAUAUUGGUCCAGAUCUCAACUAUCUGCCAGAUCCCAUCCUCGAGCCAUGGCCGUCCAGCGAGCCCUCCUCGGUCUCUUUUCCCAUACUCCCGCCGACCUUGUGUCGCUUCAUACCCCAAUCACAUACGCCGACCGGCUUCGAAUCCGCCAUCCGGGCGAUGCCCAAUUUGCCCUAGGCCCCCAUGCCGACGGUGGCAGUGUAGAGAGAUGGGAGGAUGAGACCUAUCGUCGGGUGUACCAUAGUAUUCUGGAAGGGAGGUGGGAAGAAUUCGAUUCCUGGACAAUUGGGGAGAGGGCGCAGGCGAGGCAGAGCAUGUACGAUGGCCCAGGGUCGUGCGGUGUUUUCAGAGCUUUCCAAGGAUGGACCUCCAUGUCCAACACGGGUCCUAACGAAGGCACCCUCCAAGUAUACCCCUUGAUCAAAGAGCUUAGUGCUUACACUAUGCUCCGUCCUCUUUUUAGGCAACAACCUCGUACGGAUUUGGAUAGGGACGAUUAUCUCGCCCCUGCCAAUUGGGAGCUCGACUUGGAAACAUCCCGCUUUCCAGGGUCUCCGCUAGCUCGAGGUCAAGAAUACAAUGACACCACCCAUCCACAUUUGGAGCUGGACAGGACGAUGAUAGCUAUCCCCAGAGUCAAGCCAGGGGAUCAAGCUUGGUGGCACGGCGGCGAGUUUGAUAAUUCCAAAGACGCCAUCCACGCCGUCGAGAAAGUACAUAAUGGCAAAGGGCCGUCGGCGGUGAUGUAUAUCCCCGCUGUACCACUGACCCUUCAGAACGCAGCAUAUGUCAACGACCAGAAACAAACCUUUUUGAAGGGGAAACCAGGACCCGAUUUCCCCGGAGGGGUUGGGGAGAGUAAUUUCGAAGGCCGGGGACAGGUGGAGGACAUAGAGAGUCUUGAAGGAAGACGAGCAAUGGGGCUUGAGCCUUUUGAUGUCUCUGGAAGUCUUGCAUCGGGCGAGCGAGAGGUGAGGAAACAAGCCAACACUAUUAUAGGUUCUUAG